AUGGAAGAAAUCAGAAAAGAAGAUGAACCACUGAAUAUUGAAAUCCCACGCUGUGGUCAAACUGUCUGUGAUAAUCCUGCAGUAGCCGGUAACUAUUUGCACCAGUGGGAUAUGCACGCCCUCAAAACGCUCAGAUACCGCGUCGUUGUGAUUAGCGACGAUGAUGGAAGGUGCGGGAUUCAAUUUACUGUCCAGAAUUAA